AUGGUGACGGCGGCGAGCGUGCGAUGCGGCGGCACUCCGGAGCGUCGGGGGCCCGGCGGCUCCCCUGGGGGCUGCCCGCGGCGCCCGGCACGGCGGCGGCGCCUGGGGACGGGGACGGCGGCGGCGGGAGGGAACGCUCAGGAGCUGCAGGCUUUCCGCGACUACGGAGAGAGCUGGUACCGCUCCCGCAAGGGGCUGGAGAGCCGCUUCCAGCCGCGGGAGCCGCUCGCCCGGCAGCCGCAGGUGACGGCAGAGGCGCGCUGCAAGCUCGUCAGCUGGCUCAUCCCCGUGCACCGGCAUUUCGGACUCUCCUUGGAGGCACUCUGCCUGGCCGUCAACAUCCUCGACCGCUUUCUCGCCACUACCCCAGUGGCCGCCGACUGCUUCCAGCUCCUGGGGGUAACAGCACUGCUCAUCGCCUGCAAACAGGUGGAGGUGCACCCUCCUAGCGUGAAAGAGCUCCUCUCCCUCUGCUGCGACGCCUUCACUCGCCAGCAGCUCCGCAAUCUGGAGUGCAUCGUCUUGCAUCGCCUGAACUUCGACUUGGCGGCGCCCACCGUCAGCUUCUUCCUGGAGCACUUUAGCCAGGUGCGGCUGGAGGCUCGGGGGGCCAAUGCGGGGGAGGCGGCAGACGCCCGGAGCCUGGCGGCGGGCGUCGCGGAGCUCAGCCUGGCUGACUAUGCCUUCACCAAAUACGCGCCCUCUCUGCUGGCCGCCAGCAGCCUGGGGCUUGCGGACCGGCUCCUGCGGCACUGCAGCCCCCUGGACCUGCGAAUCAGUGGCUACCCGGAAGAGCUCCUGCGGGACUGCAUGGACCAGCUUCAGCUCCUGGUGUCUCUGAACGGGCGGUCCCUGUCUCUCCUGCUGCCAUCGGAGGUGGCCCAGAAGUGCCCCUGGCUUGGGGAUGACCGCUGACAGCGGGUGGUGGUGGGGACGGCUCUGGCUCGGCGUUUGUGCUCCACAGAGUCGGUGCAGUCUGAUCCACUAAACCUUAAUGUCACUGGUGCUUAAAAAUUAGAUGGCGUCUUGCAAAUGAUUUUAUGUGUCAUGUCAUCUGCACUGUCCCUUUGCUGUAUUUUGUUUAAGUCCAGCAUGUAAAUAAUUUACUGAAUCUCACGUACUGUGUUAUUUAAUUGGAGGGUGGUCCAUAAAGAUGACGUUGUAAGGAC